UAAAGGCCUUAAAACUUCACAACUUUUCUCCAUUUUCACCUAAAAAGGAAAAAAGCCAUUUCCAUUGAACAUUAGCUUUCUCCUUCACUCUAUAUUCAUGCUUCUGCCUCAAUUCAUGGAUUGAUCUCAUAAAUACUCUUCAACCAACAAGAUCCUACAUAUAUACAUAUAUACAUAUAAUAGAAUAAGGUUAACUAAACCUCUAUCACCAUUCAUUCCAUUAGAAUGGAUUCAUUCAAUGAAGGUCAUCAAAGUAGCAGCUUCAGGUACAAUCCGAAUUUGAACAUGGCGAAUCAUGCGGCCGACGAUGAUAACGAAGAAGAAGAUGAGGCUGGUGAGUUCUCUGGGGUUUUAGAGAUCUUUGUUCACCAUGCAAGAAACAUUCACAACAUAUGCAUCUAUGAUAACCAAGAUGUGUAUGCAAAAUUCUCUUUCACAUACAACCCUGAUGAGACUUUAUCCACAAGAAUCAUCAAUGGAGGUGGAAAGAAUCCAACAUUUAAUGAGAAUCUAAGGAUGAAGAUCUCCAAUGUGGAUGAUGCAGUUCUAAAGUGUGAGAUUUGGAUGUUUAGUAGAGCAAGGAAUCACUUGGAGGAUCAGCUUCUUGGAUUCUCUUUGGUUCCAAUUUCUCAAGUUCUUAUUGGAAAAGGAAAAGGAAAAGUGACUCAAGAUUAUAGCCUCUCUUCCACUGAUCUUUUCCAUUCACCAGCUGGAACAGUUCAAUUGACACUCUCCUUAGACACAAACAAUUCUAAUUUUGAUUUGAUAUCAUCCGAAUCUGCGAAAACCUCUUCGAUUUCUUCAGAAGUGGUGUUGCUUGACAGAAAAGUAACAGAGGUUAUGGUUGAUCCGGUUGAGUAUUCGAGGAUUGUGUUUCCUGAUAUUGGCGUGGCGAAGGAGAAUCAAGAAAUGGCAACUGAUUACUUCAAUUCUUGCUCUUCUAGAGGGCUGCUACUGCCAUUCCUUCGCCUCGGCGCAUCCAAUGACUGUGAAAUGAAUCCUGUUUCUCCAAAUGAGAGUAUUCAUCAGAACUCAGGUUUCUUAAGCUCCACAACUACAAGCCUAAGUGAUGAUAGAGAUAGAAACUCGUCUGCAGAUUCGAUUCAGAAAAAGAAUAAUUCUUGCAAUGUUUCAAUCAGUGUUAUAGAAGGCAGUAUUAGUAACUCUCCAGAUACACCAACUUCCAAGAAAGAAGGCGAAUCCAUAGACGAAAAAGAAAGCGAAAAGAGUGAUGAUAGUGAGAAGAAAGUUGGGAAAUUUGGUCAAGUUUUUUCAGCUCCAUUAGGGAACAUGGACAUGAAUAUGAAUUUGGAAGCUGAACAAUCUGCAAUGCAGAAACAAAUAGUGGAUAUGUAUAUGAGAAGCAUGCAACAAUUCACAGAAUCCUUAGCAAGAAUGAAGCUACCUAUGGAAAUUGACAAAUCUGAAAGAAAAGAUCAAGAUUGUGGUGAUGUGAUUCAGAAUCAUGAAAGCAGCAAUAACAACAACAUCAUAUCAGAAAUUGAUGAUGUUAGUAAUAAUAGUAAGAAGAAAAAAGAUGGAUCAAGAGUGUUUUAUGGUAGCAGGGCAUUCUUCUAAAACCAUUAUUCAUUACUCAGAAAUUAGUACUAAUGUUGUUACUCUUAUUCUUAUUAUCAUAACAUAAAGUACUCUUGAUAUUUGUUUAUGACAUAUUUUUA